AUGGAAGAUCGUAGAAUAAUAGUCCCCUGUAUCGCCAUUGUCUUCCUUGUCCUCGUCCUCAUGCCGACGCGAAUGGUUAGAGCGGGCAAAUAUCCACGCCUGACCAUGACCCCAAGGACACAGCAGCAGCUGCGGAAGUUCUUCAAGAACCACGCGUCGGACAUGGCCGAUCUCCUCCCUAGUCAGGGGCAGCAGGGCCAGGGCGGCGGCAGCUACGACGAUCAAAGCGAGCCUGGCAGUGGCCAGCAGGGCAGCAAGCCGGCCGGCGACGGGAGCAACGGUGGGCAGAGCCGGCAGGCCCCGGCCACCAACGCCGGCAUGUUCCUGUACAGCUACCAAGUGGGCACGCCCCCACAGAGCGUGUCGGGCGCGCUGGACAUCUCCAGCGAGCUCGUGUGGACGCAGUGCGGCUCGUGCGCCACCUGCGGCGUAACACCGGCCACGCCCUUCUACUCGACGCUGUCCACCACAAUGGCGGUGGUGCGGUGCACGAGCGACGUGUGCCAGAACUCCGCCGCGCAGAACUGCAGCGCGGACGUCCCCGGGUGCGGCUACGUGUACAUGUACAGAGGCGGCGAGGCCAACACCACCGGGUACCUCGCCACCGAGUCCUUCACGUUCGGCGCGACCCGCGUGGACGACGUCGUCUUCGGAUGCGGCCUCGACAGCGUGGGCGACUUCGGCGGCGCGUCCGGCGUGAUCGGCCUCGGCAGGGGCCCCCUCUCCCUGGUCGACGGCAAGGACCUUGGCAUCCCGCGGGGGACGUUCGACCUCCGUAAGGACGGUUCCGGCGGUGUGGUCUUGAGCAUCGCCGUCCCUGUCACGUUCCUCGAGGAGAGCGCGUACAAGCUUCUGAGACAGGCGCUGGUGAGUCGGAUACGGCUGCCCACGGUGAACGGCUCAGCGCUUGGCCUCGACGUGUGCUACGCGAGCCAGUCGCUGGCCACGGCCAAGAUCCCGGGCAUGGCGCUCGUCUUCGACGGCGACGCCGUCAUGGAGCUGGAGGUGGGCAACUACUUCUACAUGGACGCCAGCAGCGGGCUAGAGUGCCUGACGAUACUGCCGUCGUCGGACGGGCACGUGUCGCUCCUCGGCAGCCUCAUCCAGGCCGGCACGCACAUGAUCUACAACAUCCAUGGUUCGACGCUGACGUUUGAAUCGCUCCAGCAAGCGUCGUCGCCGCCGCCGCCGCCGCCGCCGUCGAAUAAUUCCUAUCAAGGGAGGCCAGGGCAUCGGCUGUCAUCAGCUCCACCGCCACACAUCUCGUUGCCUAUGCUCUUUGCCCAUUUCUUGUGGGUCGCGGUGUACAUGGUUUGA